UCAUCAACAUCGUCGUCGGUCACAACAUCGCCAAGUAUUAGCAUACCAAGCACCAUUGGUGGCAGCACAUCACCGUCCAUCAAUGGUGGUGGUAUUGGUGGUGGCAAUCAAAUAGCCCUGGCCGGUGGCGGCAGUGGUAGUGCUAGUCGACAAAUAAAUGCCAGUUCCAGUAGUAGUGUUAAGGAAACAUCAUCAACAUCGUCAUCACAACAGGUCGUUAACAGUAGCAGCAGUAGUAGUACAACCACACGUGUCGAAAAGAAAUCACGCCUACAUCACAUAACCUCAUCAUCGUCCUCGUCAUCAUCAUCGACCUCCACAGAAAUGAAAGCAGCCGCAUUGAAACGUGAUAUGAGCGAAUUUAAGAAUUCCAUGUCGGAAAUCAAUGAUUUGGCCCUGGGCCGAAAUGCAUCACCCGCCUUAAGUGGUUCCACGGGAACCCUAAGUCAUCAUCAGCCACCCUCCAUCAACGAUCUCAAUUCCCUAAAUAGUGCAGAUGCCAUAAAUAAGCUUAAGAAAAAGAUACGUUCCUCAUUGGAGAACAUUGUGGAUGGUAAUACCGAACCCAGUAUUACAUUUCCCGAUGACAGUGAUGACAAUGACAUGAAUCUAAAUAUGGAUUUGGUCAAAGCCUCAAAUCAACUGUCCACAAAUGGUUUGAGUGGCUCCAAGGGCACUCUCGUCGAUACCGUCAAAUUCGAAGAGAAACGUACAAAAACCGAAUCGAAAACAAAAGUCAUUACCGAUGGUUUCAGUUCGGAACAGGCCACCAGUAAUUUGGCUGAAAGUAAACGUCUGCAGACCGGUGAUAUUGAUUAUCAACAGGCCAAGGCAGCAGCAGCGUCACGCAACCGCAUGGAAAUGGAUGGCGUGAAGACAGAGGAGAAUGCCGCCGUUAUACAUGAAGCUCUCUCCCUACGCACCGGUGAUAUUACCCAACAGGCCAGCAACAAUGUGGCCGCCGCUAGUCUUAAGGUACAAAGCGACACUUUCUCCGCCGACAAGAAAGCCAUCUCCCAAUCCCAACAAUCCCAAACGAUGACCUCCAAUGGCAUCAUUAGCCAAGAGAAACACAUGUCAUCGGCCGCCCAGGCCAACUAUACCAUGACGAGCAAAGGUGUCAGCAGCUCCGGUGGCAGUACCAUGAUCUCCUCCUCCUCACAAAUGUCCACAACAAAUGGCAGCUUCUUCAAACUGGCCGAUUUCAAGCUGGACGACUUAAUGUCGUUAUCGGCCAAUAGUGGCCAACGGGAAAUCGAACAGGCCAUAAACAAAUACUCGAACAUGUUGACCAAUUGUGUCAGUACACUGCAAGAGAAAAAAGCCGAUUCGGAAGCCACAUUAUUUUUGGAUAAAAUCAAUGAAGUCAUACGUCGAGCGUGGGCAGUACCCACCCAUGGCCAUGAACUAGGCUAUAGUUUGUGUAAUUCCUUGCGCAGCAGUGGUGGUCUAGAUUUGUUAAUGCGCAAUUGUGUCCAGAGUGAUAUGCGCAUCAAGUUCUCCUCAGCCAAGUUGUUGGAACAAUGUCUGACCACCGAGAAUCGUACCCAUGUGGUAGACAAUGGUCUCGACAAGGUGGUGAAUGUGGCCUGUGUCUGCACCAAAAAUCAAAGCACCGAGCACUCCCGUGUUGGUACUGGCAUUUUGGAGCAUCUCUUCAAACACUCUGAGGGCACAUGUUCGGAUGUCAUCAAGCUCGGCGGUUUGGAUGCUGUACUCUUCGAAUGUCGUACCAGUGAUGUGGAAACGUUGAGACAUUGCGCCAGUGCCUUGGCGAAUCUGUCAUUGUAUGGUGGUGCUGAAAAUCAAGAAGCCAUGAUCCUGCGUAAAGUACCCAUGUGGUUGUUCCCCUUGGCCUUCCACAAUGACGACAACAUCAAGUAUUAUGCCUGCCUGGCAAUUGCUGUUCUAGUCGCCAACAAAGAAAUCGAAGCUGAGGUCUUGAAAUCCGGUUGUUUGGAUUUGGUAGAGCCAUUCGUUACCUCCCAUGAUCCCUCAGAGUUUGCCAAAUCGAAUUUAGCCCAUGCCCACGGUCAAAGCAAGCAUUGGCUACAGCGUUUAGUUCCAGUUUUAAGUUCAAAUCGAGAAGAGGCACGCAGUCUGGCCGCUUUCCAUUUUUGUAUGGAAGCUGGUAUAAAGCGUGAACAGGGAAAUACAGAGAUUUUCCGGGAAAUUGGUGCCAUCGAGGCCCUAAAGACUGUGGCGAGUUGUCCAAAUGCCAUAGCCUCGAAGUUUGCCGCUCAAGCUUUACGCCUGAUUGGAGAAACUGUGCCGCACAAGCUGUCGCAGCAAGUACCACUGUGGUCUGUUGAAGAUGUACAAGAGUGGGUGAAACAAAUCGGGUUUGGUCAAUUUGUCAAACAGUUCGAAGAGUCCCAGGUGGAUGGAGAUCUGCUGUUGAAGCUGACCGAUAAAAAUCUACGUGAUGAUAUCGGCAUUAUGAAUGGCAUAUUGCUGAAACGUUUCGAACGUGAAUUACAAAAUCUCAAAAGAAUGGCCGAUUACUCCUCAAAGGAUACAGCCAAGUUGCACCAAUUUUUGGCUGAAAUUGGUCCGGAAUACUGUACCUACACCUAUUCGAUGCUAAAUGCCGGCAUUGAUAAGAAUUCUCUGCCCCACCUCAAUGAGGAUAUGUUAAUACAGGAGUGCAACAUUACAAAUUCCAUACACCGCCUACGGAUUCUCAAUGCAGUAAAAAGUUUAGAGAACACUCUGUCGAGUGCAUCCGAGGAUAGUAUGGCCAAAACAUUGGAUGUUUUUGUUAGUUAUAGACGUUCGAACGGGUCACAAUUGGCUAGUUUGCUUAAGGUCCAUCUACAAUUACGCGGCUUCUCGGUGUUCAUUGAUGUUGAACGUUUGGAGGCUGGCAAAUUCGAUAAUGGUUUGCUAAACAGUAUUCGUCAAGCGAAAAAUUUCGUUUUAGUAUUAACACCAAAUGCUCUUGAACGUUGUGUCGACGAUAAUGAAUGUAAAGAUUGGGUGCAUCGGGAAAUUGUUGCUGCCCUUAAUUCAAACUGCAAUAUUAUACCCAUCAUUGAUAAUCAAUUCAGUUGGCCUGAAUCGGAAAGACUGCCCGAGGAUAUGCGCAGCGUAUGUCAUUUUAAUGGUGUCACCUGGAUACAUGACUACCAGGAUGCCUGUAUCGAUAAAUUAGAGAGAUUUAUGCGCGGCGAAAAGAAUAUUGAUCGCAUAACGGCAAUGACACCGGGCACGCCCAGUUCGACGGUAACAUACCAAAGAAUGCACAGCAACGAUUCGGACUAUAGUGUGGCGGGCAGCAAUGCGGGCGGCAGUAAUUGUUGUGGCAGUGGCGGCGGCAACAGUGGAUCAUCGGUUAAUGGCGGCGGACAAGGUGGGGCACAAAAUUCGAUCACAACUACAACAUCCUCAAAUACAGGACGGUCCAGUGUCGAUUGACUGGAUUGUUUGAACUCGAAACAAUUUGAAACAAAUAAUGAAAAUUCUCUUAAUUCUCAGAACACUAUCAAUACUACUAGUA